AUGGACUCGGUACAUAAUGAACCAUCGUCGUCGCCACCUCCUACCACAACGGAGAUUCCUCAGUCAGCUUCUACUGGAAAAGACGGUUCUUCAGGGAAUACACCUUCCAUCCUCUCUGCUUCUGGUCUAUCUUCAUGGACCAGAAACCUAAGAAUUUCUUCUUCAACCCAGGAAGAUUCUCAGCAGGGGAAUAGUGUAAAAUCAACAUUUUCACGUUUCACCAGCGGAUUUAACUUGCGUUCAUCUCCAAAAUCUCCUGUGACUGAUGAAAGUUCUGAAGGCCAAGGUGCCUCAACAGCUGUACAGUCUGGUGUUUUUGGUUCACUUACAAAAGGGAUAGUAGACUCUUCAAAGAGUGCUGUGAAAGCUGUGCAAGUUAAGGCUCGUCAUAUGGUAUCCCAGAACAAAAGGAGAUACCAGGUGAUCUUCCCUUAUUUUACUUGAUUUUCAAUUCUAGUCCCCUGUUUGUUUCUCUCGAGUAACAGUAUGUAAUCUUUUGUGACCUUUCACAUUUCCAAAGUAUCAGUCCAGGACGAUGGAUACGGAUAAAUAUAUUUUGGUAUGAAACAUCCAGACAGAGCUAUAAACUGGAGGAUAUAUACCAGCUGACUUUUAGUUUUUUCUGGUUUCUAAGUGGCAUCUUAUGUUUAAGUCGAACUACAAGUUUUUUUUUUUUAUUAGUUAUUGAGGAGCUAUAUUAAUGGCUUAGACAAGCACAUCUAGAGAAGUGUACAAUAAAUCUAGCUUGUUGCGCAGGGACCAAUUUGACUUGCUAUUCUGUAGCUGAAUGUCUGAAUUGCCUUGGCGAUUCUGACUCGUUGUAAAUUUUCCGAAAAAGAACUUGUAGUUGAUCUUAAUGGAUCAUGGGUUUCAGUAAUUGACGUUGUUAUAGUUUCUUAGAAAGCAUACUCGAUAUCUCACUGAAAAAACGGAUGCAAAUGCGUUUGGAUAUUUCUUAGACGAAUCAGGUCGAAUUCACAAUCCUAUCCUAUGAGUCUAUCAUGAAAAUAAACUAAAAUACUUUUUUAGAUAGAUUGAAAUAAAUAAUUUGUAUGUUUUUAAUAAAUGAUCGUGAGAUGCUGUAGCCAUGCCAAUAGUCUUGCCAAUGAGCAAACUAUUCUAGGCUUGCUUGGUCAUCAUUGCAAAAAUAUUGGACGGGAAUCCCUAAUGCUGGGAAUGAUAUUGCCUAAAAAUUUUGCUGAUUAUCCCCGUGCAUCAGGAUCGGUAUUAUUCUGUGCAUUGAUCUGAUCGCAAUUAGGGAAACUGUGCAGCGUCAUAGAUAUCUGUCGUUUGCAAAAUCUCAGGAGAGAGAACAUCAUGCGAAUAGGUAUACCAGAGUCUCUCCUUCCUACCCACACGGUGUGCACAUUGAAAAUGUUAUUCGUAAAAAGUAGCCUGCCAAUAAUAGGUAUAGAAUCUCAUACUUUUAUGCCUCCAUUUCUUGACCUUUUCUGUGUAUAGAGAAAGAGAUUUCCAUAUCUGAUGUUUGCUGCCGACGUUUGAGAUAAUGCACACAUUGGCUUCAUGGAUAAGUUUCCUUCGUUCCAUUUCCAUUGUCAUCUAUUUAUUUCUGGCUUACCUCAUUGCAGCUAGACUCAUAAGAUCUUCAAGUUGUUGAAUCCCGUUACCUCUGAGCUUCCUCCUGACCCCCAUUCUUCUUGUUUCAUGAUUAAAAACCUUGUGAUAAUAAGAUGGUAUUGUAUUGCUCAGAAGAUAAACUAGAACCAGAGCUGGAAACAACGCCCAUUCCUUGGAUAAAUCUCCAAACCCGCUGCUAGCACAUCCUUGGCUUGCAAAAUACCUGUCCAGACCUUCGAGCCAUGUCUAUGCUCGGUCAAUUUCCAAAUUGCAACUCAGUUUUUGACUUGAUGAAGUAUAAGUAAACUUACGGCCUAUUUAUUAGACAUCAUACUUUUAUUGACUUCAUUAGAGGCACAUUUCGUGUUUAAUUCAUGUGCUUACAAACUAAAUCAAAGUUCAGGUUGUUAAUACCUAUAUUGUACCUACUUUGUUGCUUAAUACAACAAACUAUGGAGAGCAAUGAAGGGAGAAUGAUAAAAGGACUGCAUUCAUCUAUCGAAUGCCGUUAAUGCCUUUUAACAAUUUGACAGCCAAUAAUGAUCUCAAAAUUCAAAAAGAUAAAUGUAAAAUAUGUUUUAUUUUCUUCUAUGUUUAUUGUAGUUUGUCACUAUUCCCAGUUGGAGUAUGCUACAAUCUUCCUUGCGAUGGUUACCUUAUGAAUCAUAGAUCUUGCAUUCAAACUGGCCUUGGAGUCAAAUUGUGAAAAAUGGAGUAUAUGGGUCUACUAACCCAAGUGCUUGCUAGAUGAUCUUAAACACCCUAAAAUAUAGGCAAAAUUGUUCAGUAAAUCGCACUAGGAAGCUUUUACAUAAUGCCACAAUAUUGGGCAUACCACGAUGCCAUCCUUAUGGAUAUUGACUAAGUUUUUCUCCCCCCUUCUUUACCAUCACCACAGGAAGGUGGAUUUGACCUGGACAUGACAUACAUCACAGAGAAUAUCAUUGCCAUGGGGUUCCCUGCUGGUGAUAUGAGCUCUGGCUUUUUUGGAUACGUUGAGGUGACUGAUAGUAACGUAUUAUUCCACUGUCCGAUGAAUGAAAUAUCCAUUUUUUUAUUUAUUAAUUUUAAUGCAUGAUGUCAGGGCUUCUAUCGAAACCAUAUGGAAGAAGUGAUCAGGUUUUUUGAAAGUCACCACAAGGUAUUAUCUAUUCUUUACAUUCAUUUUCUUUCUGUAGUGAAAAUUAUUAAUUGUCUUUUUAUUUCUUUUAGAGAAAUAUUUUCCUUAAAUUUAAUACAUGUGCAUCUAGAAAAAAAAUAUCAUCUAUUUUUUUAGUUAGGAUUUCUUUUGAAUAGGUUAGGUUUGUGAAAAUAGGUUAGAUCUGCGUGGUGAUUGUUAGCUGAUUUUAUGGAAAUAUGUUAUUGAAGUAGCUCGGUUCUUUAUCUUUUUUUAUGAUUAUCUUUGCUGAAGUUGCAACUGAGUACAUGGUGGUUUUUAUUGAUUUUGUACCAUGUGUUGAGGCGUUAAAUGCCUAGUGCAAUGAGGCUCUCUCACUCUCUUGGAUAGAGAAGUCACAUUCAAGGAUCAAAAGGUCCAGUUCUUUAGAAAAUUUUGAUGGAUCGUGUGAGAAGUUUUUUCUCAAAUUGAGAUUUAGAAGCUCUAUAGUUUUUCUUCGUUGUCUUGGAUGACCUGCUCCUGUGUUUGAAUAUAGGCCUUUGAUUGCUUACACAUCUGAACUUGCUAUCACAUUUCCAUAUGUUUGAAGAUUUUGCUCUCCAAUAUAGUAAUCGAGCAUAUAUUGUCUUUGAAGGUUUUUUGACUUCCAAUAAUUAUGUAUCGUGGAUGAUGAAUUCUGGGAAUUUUUAGCUUAGGUACAGCCUUACUGUUUUGUUUCCAUAUCUUUUGCUUUUCUGUUGGUGAUUUUUCAGUUCUACUAAAAUAUUCUAUGUUUUUUCUUUUUGACUUUUCGUUCAUGAGUUUUUUUAAUAUCAUUUCAUGAAAGAAAGAAGUGAUGGAGCUUGGAUUGCUACCAUAAUACCUCAAGAUUGACAAAAAUUUAAAAUUCCUUCCCGAAACCUUGGGUUGCUGAGGAAGUAUUUUACUAGGUUCUCUUAACUAAUCAUUCUGUCCUCAGGGAAAAUACAAGGUGUACAAUCUGUGCUCGGAAAGGCUGUAUGAUGCAUCAUUAUUAGAGGGAAAGGUAUGGUGCUACUUCUGGGCCUCUGAGAUCUGUUCCCAUUGUUUAUAUCUGCCCUUUGACAUUUUCUUGCUCAUUGAUUCUGAAGAAACAUGAAAAUACUGGCUCCUUCAACAUUUUAUUUUGCAUUUGGCAUUGCCUUUUAUGACACAAUGCUCUCCUUUAAGAAAUAUUAAAGAGUGGUUGGUUCAACUUUCCCCCCCUCUAACAAAUACAUAUCAGUUUAUCAUUGAAUAAUUUAUGUUCAUUCAUCUACGGAAUUGAGAUAUUUACAAACGCAUGAUUUGUACUCAUAGCUUUCUUUAUAGUUCAGGAAUCUAAUGUGAAUGAAUACAGAAAGCAGAUAUCGGAAACCCGAUAUGUACAAUGUCUCAUUCCCUGACCUCAAUUUUUUAAGGGCAUGUAGUGAUGCAGCCUAAAGUAUAACUAUAUGGAAGAGUAGUGUCAGACCAGGUGACUGAGCAAUUUAAGUUGAUUUUUUGCUGACGUGGCUUUUACUUGAACUCUUUUCUUGUUUCUUGGGUUGUAUUAUUUUUCGCGGCUGUGUGCUGCAACAGUUGAUUGAAGUCUUUUUUUAACUUCUAAAUUUUUUUUUACGCUCUAUGCCUUACUCUACAAUCAGACUAAUCGGCCAUCUAACUAACUGAUGCUGGAAGUCUUGUCGUUGAAGUUAUGAUAGUCUCCAAUAUGUCGUGAAUUCUGCAAUUUUGUGAUUCGCAAAAGUAUUGGUCGAUAAUAAGGUUAACAGUCGGUCUGAAUAUAUUUGAAAUUUUUUGGGGAUGUUUAAUACUUCUCAACCUUAAAGAAUAGCAAUACUUCUGAAUAUAAUGGUUGGUCGACUGGCCAUGCUAGACUUUUUUUAGUAUGUGCGUACUAUGUAUGCGCUUAAUAUUUAAAAGAGGAGGGGACGUUGAUGCAUAUCUUCGAUAAGCUCUCGAAAGUCCUUUUUACAAUGUCUGCAUACACACCAAAUUGUGAAGAUAAUGAUAGAACCCUCCAAUCCUCUCAAAAUGAGAUAUUAAUUCUUCCUCAUUAGAAAAGGCCUCGGUCCACGUUCUCACUCUAUCAAAUGUAAUAACGAUCACUCCCUCUACUCAGUAACUAUGCCAUUUAAAUAUCUGUCUGUUUUUCUCAUUUCGAGUGGUCCAUAAGGGCUCAUGUAAGAUACGCCGCUAUACUUUGCGUAUCUAUUGUCUAUGGUGACAUGCCCGUAGUAUCUCUAUUAUUCCUAGGGAGCGACUGUGGUAGAUUGUUGAUAGAGGCAGCACAGGUAUUUGAAUCUAUAAUUCAUAAUUGUAAAUGGCAAAUAUUUUAUUGGUUUCUCGUCAUUUAAUCUAGUACAUCACGUCUGUUGUGACAAGAAUCUCUGUAGAAUCUUGGCAUUUAUUUUUCUCAUGUUGCUCCAAAAUUUUCUCUGCUGAUAUAAGAAGGAAAAGAUUCAGAAAUACGAAAGUAAGUACGAGGGCAAGAUCAUUAACAAAGACAUCGAAAAUAUACUUCUCAUUACUUUUGAUUGGUGCAGACAUACAAAUGGUUCUUAUCCUUUCGUUACCUCAUAUGUACAGGUGGCAUGUUUCCCAUUUGAUGAUCAUAAUUGCCCUCCGCUGCAACUUGUGAUAUCAUUUUGUCAAAGUGCGUACUCAUGGUUAAAGGAGGACAUUGAAAACGUUGUCGUGGUUCACUGCAAAGCCGGAAUGGCCAGGACUGGGCUAAUGAUUUCUAGCCUUCUUCUGUAUUUGAAGGUGGGAAGUUAUGGGUGAAUUAAUUCACUGGCUGUCAUACCCUGUAUCUGUUUCUUGAGGUUUUAGGGUUUGCACUUCAUCUUUUUUGUUUUUUUGCAGUUUUUUCCAACUGCCGAAGAGUCUAUGGACUACUACAACCAAAAAAGAUGUUUGGACGCUAAAGGCCUUGUUCUUCCAAGUCAGAUUGUCAGUCUACCUCCUGCUGUGUACUGUGUUUCAUUAGAUUGAAAUAUUUAUAGAAGAUUUGACAUACUUUGCAUCUGAUGUUUGUAGAGGUAUGUCAAAUACUUUGAGCGCGUUCUAACGUAUUUCAAUGGGGAAAAUCCAUCUGGCCGCAGGUACCUUCGGUAUAUACUGCUAAAUAUGUUCCAAUCCAAUCUCUGUUUUUUCCCAAUCCAGCUUCUUCUUUUUUUGUCUGACAUUAUAUUUUCUGUCUAGAUGCAUGCUGAGGGGUUUUCGCCUUCAUAGAUGCCCUUACUGGGUCAGGCCUUCAAUUACCGUUUCCAAUCACAAUGGUAUGGUUUUGGGCUUUUAGCAUACAUAUUUGGUCUUCUCAUCCGGCCUGUCGUCAUCAUCAUCAUCAUCAUCUCUGUUUUUUUUUUUUUUACUCUAUUUAUAGUUAAAGAUGGCUCUAGUUGGUUAAAGGCAAUCUUGGUGAGAGAACACUUUGAGAGUUUUUCUGGACUGGUCAAGAAAAAUUGGAGUUAUCUUCGAUAUUAUCUGAAAUUAUCUUUCGGAUAAUUUCCUCAUCUCUAAUCCGUUGCUAUUUUUGUGAGCUAUAUAGGAUGGAGCUCUUUUUCAGUCAGUUUGUAGGAUAUAAGUUAUUCUACAGGUUUAUGAGAUGAGGAUCAUUUGGCAAGUUAGUAUAUUAAAGAUCAUUUGGGUACGCCUUUGGAAUGUUAUCCCACUUGACAAACGAAAAGGAUGAGACUCCUUUGACUAGUGGUUUGACUUAUUUGCAUGACUUUGAUCGUCAGACUCUCACAUAAAAUCAAAUGGGCUGAUGCCCACGAAGUUUACUUUUGACCAUGCAUGCACAUUAUAAAAAAGUCGUCCUCGGUGACAUCUGUAGUCCAUUUUUUUCAGGAGUUCUGUUCUCAACGAAGAAGCAUCCCAGGACAAAGGGCCUAAUGGUAUGCUUCUCUCGCUGUUCUUUAUUUUUCUAUUUUUGGUAUUUUACUUUGCUGACCAGCACAUUUUAUGUCUUCAUUUUUUGCUAUUUUUUCUUAUGUGCUUUCCCUCGUCUGACAACCGAAAGCCAAUGAAUUGGUUCGAUCAUCAGACCAGGGAUCAUAGAUGUCUGAAGACUUUCUUUCCUGGAAUGGAAACUAUGAUCUGGGUUGACUUUUACUGGUAUAUACGAAUUAUGGGAACUUUUUCCUAGAAAAUUCCAAAUAAUACAAGAAAAGAAUAUCUCUCAGUCAUAAUCCGUGGUUAUCCACCUGAUUGAUCUUUUAUUAUUCUCUAGUGAGUCCGUUGACUAAAAUCCGGGUCUUUUUUCGUUAAUUAAACUCGUUGAAUCCGUUGAAGCUUCCCCUGUUGAUUAUUUCUGCUAUAAUUUCUUACAUGGUGCCUUGCUCUAAUUAUCAAAAACUCUUAUGCUUCUUAGCCUGAUGACUAUUUCUUACCUGGAAUGGAAAUUAUGAUGUGGGUUGACUUUUCCUGGCAUAUACGAAUUAUGGGAAUUUUUUCCUAGAAAAUUCCAACAUAAUUCAAGAAAAAAAUGUCUCUCAGUCACAAUCCGUGGUUAUCCACCUGAUUGAUCUUCUAUUAUUUUCUAGUGAGUCCGUUGACUAAAAUCCGGUUUUUUUUUUAAUUAAACUCCUAGAAUCAGUUGAAGCAUCCCCUUUUGAUUUAUUUUUUUCAUGUAAUUUCUUACAUGGGGGCUUGCUUUAAUUAUCAAAAACUCUUAUGCUUCCUAGCCUGAAGACUUCUGGUUCAGUGCUCCAAAGAAAGGGGUCAUGGUCUUCGCCUUGCCGGGGGAACCUGGUCUGACCGAGCUCACGGGGGACUUCAAGAUCCAUUUCCAUGAUCGGCAAGGAGACUUUUACUGGUGCGUAGAUUCCCUCACCCUAUCAUCGCCGAUGAACUUUAUUCAUGAUAUAUAAUAUAAUACCGUCUGAUAUAUUUAUUUCCGUAUUUUUUUUAUGUUUUUGGUGUGGAUUAAUCACCAACACCAGUCCCUACCAUCCUCCUUUUCUUUUCUUUUUAUCAAAUAAAAUGGUUUUGUGAGUGGCCCGGCAAUCUAAACAGGCUCAUUUUAGCGAUCUGAGAACGGGUUGGCUAUGAUUUUUACUAAAAGAGGUAACCUUGAAGAAAGUAACAGAAAUAGCUUCUCUCUCUCUCUCUCUCUCUCUCUCUCUUAGAUUGGUGUGUAAAGAGGGCCCUAUGGGCCUGUACGGACCGGGCCCGGGGUUCAAAAGCUUUGAAUCAUGGCCCAUUUUCGGGUCUUGGCCCUGUAGAAGAUUCCUGGACACUGAUUUCAUAAUGAAUUGCAAAUCUCUAGCACCAAACUUUGCUAUAAUCCCUAUUUUUUUGAAGCUAUUUUUGGAAAUCAUGCGCUCAUUGCCAACUACUUCCUGUGGUUUUGUGCUUCAGCUGGUUGAACACGACAAUGACCGAAAACAGGAAGAUCUUGACCACGGCCGACCUCGAUGGAUUCGACAAGGUGGGCAUCGAAAAUUCUUCCUGAAGCAAUUCAUGGCCUAUUUAUCCCGCCAGUUUUGAAUAUUAUAUCUCUCCCCUGCAAUGUCUGAAUCAUAUUUCUGCAGCCAUCUACGGUUUAUUUUAUUUCCUAAUCUCAAUCUCCACCUUACAUUUCCAUAUAGCGGAAACUUCCAUCUCCGGGGUUCCUAGUGGAGGUUGUGCUUGUUGACUAUGAUGGCUCGAACCCCUCCCAGCCCGCCAGCAGUGCUGCCAAGGAGGAAGGCGUUGGCUCUGCCUCUGCGGUGGCCGCUUCCGCCGCCACCUCUGCCGCCAGAGAUCAGAAGCCAGCGGCGCUGGGUAAAUCAGGCGGUGGCUCUGGGGGCAAUGACAAAGACGAUGUCUUCUCUGACAGUGAAGGCGAAGAGUCCGGGUCAUCAAGAGCCCGGCAUGCCCAUGCGACGGCCAAUUCAGGGCUUCUGCCGCCAGAAUCCAAGCCUCUGCACCAGGAAGCUGAAGUUCCACCACAGAGCUCCGCCAAGGCUCCGGCAGGGAGUGAGGCCCCGAGGGCCGCCAUUGGGGAGCUGGGUGGCAGCAGCAAGGCAGGGGAUCUCUCAGAGCCGACCCAAUUGGGGUCAACAGGUGUGAGUGAAUUCAAGGCGAUCGCCGCUGAUGCCUCUGUGUUCUCCUUCGGCGAUGAGGAUGACUAUGAGAGUGAGUGA